AGUAGUAGUAGUAGUAGCGUUUCCACCUCUCAACAGUCGCACGCUGUCUCGACACUCGCGCUCCUCUAGACCCCCAGAACUCCUGUGCUGCUCCUCUCACAGUCAGCCGGAAAGAGAAAAACAUGGUCCGCCUCAUCCCCGCCCUCCUGACCCUCGUGUCGGCGUUCACCGUUUCGGCCGCGCCAUUCCCGGUGGAGGCCGAAGGCCGCAUCGAAGCCCGCGCCUGCGCCUGGACGUGCGGGAGCGUGUGCUACGAGCAGAGCCACAUCAACGCUGCCCUCAACAAGGGCUACUCGCUGCAGCAGUCCGGCGACGACAUCAACAGCUACCCCCACCGGUACAACAACUACGAAGGAUUCGACUUCCCGACUGCCGGGCCGUGGUACGAGUUCCCCAUCCUGUCGAGCCACAGCGUGUACAGCGGCGGCUCGCCCGGGCCGGAUCGCGUUAUCUUCGACGGCAGCGGGAACUUUGACGCCCUCAUCACGCACACCGGUGCCAGCGGGAAUAACUUUGUUGCUUGCGAGAAGAACUGAAUGGGGUUGUUGCACGGAUUGCAAUGACUCGAGCGAUUGGAGAAGGAGUCGUGC